CUCAAACUCGUACCGUGAGUAAUAAUGCACUGUGGCAGUGUGUGAAUCUGCAUGAAGAAACAGUUUUGGACACAAUAAUGAAGAUGAAAUACUUGAAUGUUUAGCGCUACACCUACUAUAUUCUCCUCUGUGACUGGAACUGAUGAUGGGAGCCACUGAUAUUCCUAUAAUGUGUCUACUUCAAAUAUAUAUUUUCUCUACUUUCCAAACGUGCAAAGCCACAUAAUGAAUUAUUAAAAACGUACAUUUGUAAAUUGUAAUGUUUUUUGUUUGUUUGUUUUGUAUUACACCUAGACUAUCAAUGUCAUAUUUUGGGGAACCACAAGACAUUAUUCAAGCGCCAUGUCUGUGUAACAGACAGCUCUAAAUAGUGUUAUAAACGUUUAAAGUCUAUUCAAAACCUUUUUUGUAAAUAAGUACUACAUUCGUGGUAGGAAAGACGUGUGACGUCACCAACCAUUCACGGAGAGGAGCGCUCAUGACGUCACCUAGUAACGAUGUUGUUAGCAGCGAAAAUAAUGAGCUGCUAAAGUUUACGGUUAGCGUUUGUUAAAAACUGAAAUAUGGACGAGCAUUUCGCGAACGAAGAGAUCCAAACCGAGGCAGAAGUUCUUGCAAACACGUCAGAAAUUAAGACGAGCGAUGUUUAUAAUGUGGAUAAGAACAUACCAAAUCGCUUUAAUAAUCCGGAGUGCUUCAAAGGAUACAGCAAAAAGAUCAUUAACCCUCUUUACCAAACGACAAAUCAAACAUACGGAAGCAAAAAGCCUACAGUUCAUGAGAUGCCGACCAGCUUUAAAGGAAGCAGCCGGAAGUUUUCAGAGCAUCAUCUAAAGAGCGGGAUGUACAGGGAUAACGGUUUCAACACCUCACUGGACAAGAGCAGACUCACCGGACCCAACACAACCGACGUGCUUCACAACAGAAUCACUUUUCAUCACUUAUACCACACAGAUGGCAAAUCUCAGUAA